UAUCUUCAUCAGCCGGCUUCGAACGUAGGUGGACGUGCCGAACAGGUCCUCUCCCACUGAAACAAAUGAACACCAAAAAUCCCCGAUUUUUGGACAAUUGCACUAUUUGUAUAUGUCAAAAUUUUCAAAACGAUUGAUUGUGAAUUGAAUAUCUACAUAGACUUAACUGACGAUGCUGUGUCGAUCACCAUUGCAGCGUGGCUCCUUGAGAUGAGUAAACAAACAACCCACUGCAAUUUUUAGAAAAUGAAGUUCAGCACAUUGUCUCUUGUUAGGUGGAUUGCAGUCCCACUGAUGGUUCUGGUUCUGUCGUGGUCCACACAGUUAGCCACCGGACAGGAUCUGAGCGAUCCCGACAUGCAGGCUAUGCUGACGGAAUACGAAACGGAGCACAUGGUGGAGAGUUAUCGCUUCAAAUAUGCAACGGCUGAUGGACAUUUUCACGAGGAAACAGGCAUGCUCAUGAACCCAGGCACGCCGGACGAAGAAUUGGUGGUGGCCGGAAAGUACGGCUACGAGACGGAUGACGGCACCGAAGUUAUGGUGAUGUACGUUAGCGGGAAGAAAGGAUACAACGCGAAGACGAAAUUCCGCAAAUUGGCAGAGUCAGAACGAAAGAAAAAGUUGUUUGCGUCGUUAGUGGGAUGAGUUCAUGCAAAACUGCAAAAAGUGAAUGGAAUUUGUUGUAUUGCUUUAUUGUGUGCUUUGUAUAAUAAAUUAGUGUAAUCAACCGACUAAGGAAAGUAAGGCACUGCUUGGAAUUCCAAGCGGUUUUGGUAAUUCUACAGCCGGUGUUAACUUAUA